CUAUUGGUCGCCGUACCCAAGCUUCUAGAAGCAUCUUUGCGACUACGUAUAUAAACAGCCAUUUUUCUUAUAUAUGCGAUUUCAUGUUGAGCAACUCAACUAUACACUAGGUUUAAUUUAAGUAUUUAUUGAAGUAUUGUCUGCAACUUAAGUUUAAAAUAAAAAGAUGGCAAAAGCACCCGCAGUUGGUAUUGAUUUGGGAACCACCUACUCUUGUGUCGGUGUUUUCCAACAUGGAAAAGUUGAAAUUAUUGCCAACGAUCAAGGAAACAGGACAACACCGUCCUAUGUCGCUUUUACCGACACUGAGCGUCUCAUUGGAGAUGCUGCCAAAAACCAGGUGGCGAUGAACCCCAAUAACACAAUAUUUGAUGCGAAACGUCUUAUUGGGCGUCGUUUUGAUGACACCACUGUCCAAGCUGAUAUGAAGCACUGGCCUUUUGAAGUCAUUAAUGAUGGAAGCAAACCAAAAAUCAAGGUAGAUUACAAAGGAGAAGCAAAAACAUUCUACCCUGAAGAAGUAAGCUCUAUGGUUCUCACAAAGAUGAAGGAAACUGCUGAAGCUUAUUUGGGAAAAACUGUCACCAAUGCUGUUAUCACCGUACCUGCCUACUUUAACGAUUCCCAAAGACAGGCUACCAAAGAUGCUGGUACCAUCGCUGGUCUCCAAGUUCUACGUAUCAUCAAUGAACCUACCGCAGCUGCUAUUGCCUACGGUUUGGACAAGAAAGCCACUGGUGAAAGAAAUGUACUCAUCUUCGAUUUGGGAGGUGGUACCUUUGAUGUCUCUAUCUUAACUAUUGAAGAUGGUAUCUUUGAAGUAAAGUCAACUGCUGGUGACACCCAUUUGGGAGGAGAAGAUUUCGACAACAGGAUGGUCAAUCACUUUGUACAAGAGUUCAAGCGUAAAUACAAAAAAGAUUUGACCACCAACAAACGUGCUCUUCGUCGUCUCCGUACAUCAUGUGAAAGGGCUAAGCGUACUCUAUCAUCCUCCACUCAAGCCAGUAUUGAAAUCGACUCACUCUUUGAGGGUAUUGAUUUCUACACAUCCAUCACUCGUGCUAGAUUUGAAGAAUUGAACGCCGAUUUGUUCAGGUCAACCAUGGAACCUGUUGAGAAGUCCAUCCGUGAUGCCAAAAUGGACAAGACCCAAAUCCAUGACAUCGUUUUGGUAGGUGGUUCCACACGUAUCCCUAAAGUACAGAAGCUUCUCCAAGACUUCUUCAAUGGAAAGGAACUCAACAAAUCCAUCAACCCUGAUGAAGCUGUAGCCUAUGGUGCUGCUGUACAAGCUGCCAUUUUGCACGGUGAUAAGUCUGAAGAAGUACAAGAUUUGCUUCUUCUUGAUGUUACACCAUUGUCACUUGGUAUUGAGACUGCUGGAGGAGUUAUGACUGCUCUUAUUAAGAGGAAUACUACCAUUCCAACUAAGCAAACUCAGACCUUCACCACUUACUCUGACAAUCAACCUGGAGUACUUAUCCAGGUUUAUGAAGGAGAACGUGCCAUGACAAAGGAUAACAAUCUUUUGGGUAAAUUCGAGCUGACCGGUAUCCCACCUGCACCACGUGGUGUCCCACAAAUCGAAGUAACAUUCGAUAUUGAUGCUAAUGGUAUCUUGAAUGUAACAGCCAUUGAAAAAACCACCAACAAAGAGAACAAAAUUACCAUCACCAACGACAAAGGUCGUCUUAGUAAAGAGGACAUUGAACGUAUGGUUAACGAUGCUGAAAAAUACCGUAGUGAAGAUGAGAAGCAAAAGAGCACCAUUGCUGCCAAGAACGGUUUGGAAUCUUACUGCUUCCAAGUCAAGAGCACGAUUGAGGAUGAAAAUCUCAAGAGCAAAAUCAGCGAAACUGAUAAGACAACCAUCAUGGAAAAAUGUAACGAAGUUAUUGCUUGGUUAGAUGCCAAUCAAUUGGCAGAAAAAGAAGAAUAUGAGCACAAGCAUAAGGAAUUGGAAAAUAUUUGUAAGCCAAUCAUCACUGCCUUGUAUCAAGGUGCUGGUGGAGUUCCCGGUGGCAUGCCAGGUGGUAUGCCAGGUGGCUUCCCAGGACCUGGAGGUGCCGCACCUGGCGGAACCGGUGGUGCUGGACCAACUAUCGAAGAAGUUGAUUAAAUUAAUCACUUGUUUCAUUCCAAUUUUGCAGUAUUAUUGCAGACAACGCUUUAUUUCAUACUUAGUGUUGUUGUUUUAUUGAAAUCCAAUUACCAUCAGCUGUUUUUAUCUUCAAUAAAAUGAUACUGAAUUGAUA